AGGCACGUCAGAUCUCAGCCCCUUCUCUGACCCCCGUCAGUUCGAUCGCUCCUUCCCGACGCUGCCGGCGCUCACCGAGACCAGGUUCUCCGACCCCCGGAUGCAUUACCCCGGUGCCAUGCCCGCCGCCUUCCCUUACACCGCCACGCCCUCCGCCACGGGCAUCGGGGGCAUCAGCAUGACCAGCAUGCCCACCACCACGCGCUUCCACCACACCUACCUGCCUCCCCCCUACCCCGGCUCCACGCAAAACCAAAGUGGACCCUUCCAGGCCAACCCCUCUCCCUACCAUUUGUACUACGGCACGUCCUCGGGCUCCUACCAGUUCUCCAUGGUGGCGGGUGGCGAGCGCUCCCCGACACGGAUGCUCUCUUCUUGUACAAGUGCCUCGGCAGGGAACAACUUAAUGAACCCCAACCUGGGCAGCCAGAGCGACGGGGUGGAUGCGGACGGCAGCCACAGUAACUCACCAACAACCAUGACGACUACUGGGAGGAUGGAUGAGUCGGUCUGGAGACCCUACUAGGAGGAACCCAACAGGGCAAGGAUAGCUUUAACUUAAUCGGCCACCGUCACGUCACUUCUUUUGGUGGUGAAUAGAGCAAAAUGAUGCCUGGGGAAAAGGUAAACCAAAGUCUCCCAACCCAAAAGCAAACCAGGAUCCUCUGCAUACAAGCAUGGGCAAACAUCAAGCGAAGAUGGACUGGGACCUACGUCACAUUUCAAGAGGAGCGUCCACGAGGCUUGAAUUUGUCGCUU